AGUCAAAUGGUUGCACUGUCAAAUAAUUCCGACCUCUCACUCCUCCUUGGGUGAAGGUUCAUUGCGGUGACUGUCUGUCGUUAGCUGUCUGCUACGCGUUUACCUACAAUGUCUGGUCGUGUUCUCGUCGGAGUUAAGCGUGUCAUUGACUACGCAGUGAAGAUUCGUGUGAAGCCGGACAACAGUGGCGUGGUGACGGAUGGCGUUAAGCACUCAAUGAACCCCUUCUGUGAGAUCGCUGUUGAAGAGGCGGUCAAGCUGAAGGAGAAGAAGCUCAUUAAGGAGGUUGUGGCUGUCAGCUGUGGGCCACAGCAGGCACAGGAGACCAUCCGUACUGCCCUUGCCAUGGGGGCCGAUCGUGGCAUCCAUGUGGAGGUGUCUGGGAAAGACUAUGAUAAUAUGGGACCCCUGCAGGUCUCGAAGAUCAUGGCUGCUUUGGCCAAGAAGGAGGACGCUCAGCUCAUCAUCCUGGGAAAGCAGGCCAUUGAUGAUGACUGCAAUCAGACUGGCCAGAUGACGGCAGCCUUACUGGACUGGCCUCAGGGUACCUUUGCCUCAGAGGUGUCACUGGAAGGAGACAAGGUUAAGAUUGUGAGAGAAAUCGAUGGUGGCCUGGAAACUAUCAAGAUCAACACACCGGCCGUGGUGACCGCAGACCUUCGACUCAACACCCCGAGAUAUGCCACGCUCCCUAACAUCAUGAAAGCCAAGAAGAAGAAGAUUGCUAACGUGAAGCCUGCAGACUUAGGGGUGGAUGUCACAUCGCGGUUGGAGGUGGUUAGAGUGGACGAGCCCCCACAGAGGCAGGCGGGAGUGAAGGUGGAGACAGUCGACGACCUGGUGGGCAAACUCAAGGAGGCAGGAAGAGUAUAGAGGCUUCAGGAACAUAAGCAGAUGGGACUCUAACGAAUAGCCAGACUGCGUUACAUAAGCACACCCAGAGGACUGGCUUGUGUGUCGCUCUCAUCCCUCUGUUUGAGACUGAGGCUUCGGAGAGGAGGAGCACUGAGAGACGUUGUCCUGCAGUCAGACAACCCCAAACUGAUCAGCCUCUCCUCAAUGUUCAUUUUGACUUGCAUAUGUGUUUAUCUGUAUCACAAGAUCCUGAUCGUAUGCAAUAAUUUAAACCCAGAAACGUCCUUUCACUCAUGCUGCUGUUGAUCUGCAUACUAACUUCAUUUAUAUGAUGCAUUUCAGCUGUAGUCACACUAAUACGAAAUGCAGUUUUUGUAUAUGUAAUAUGUAAAUACAGAGCCAAACAUGUAGAGGAGAUUAUGUCAUUUAAGGUUAGUGUCAUGACUACUGGUAAUUUGUAUAGUUAAUAUAACUUUAACAGGGUUUUAGGACUGACUAGACAGUGUCUCUCAGUAUGAACAAAGGAAGAUGUUCAUAAAUCAGAAUUUUACCGUAAGCGCCUCACUUCUCUGUUGAUUGUACAGAACAUUACCAUGACAAUAAAAAAGCCAGUCUUUUUCAUAUCUACA